AACAAUUGAAGUCAUAUAGGUCGUACUACGUAAUCGGUCUCUUGAGCUGCAUCCAUGGCGUCCUUUAAGCCUGUCAUCGUCCUCGCCACCCUCCUCCUUACCGCCCUCCUCAUGGCUGCGGACGCUCAGCCGACACCGAAGAUAGAUUGCCCGUCGUCGUGCAACGCUCGUUGUGCGAAGAACUGGAGGAACGAGAUAUGUAAUAAGGACUGCAAUAUCUGUUGUGACAAGUGUAACUGCGUCCCUUCCGGCACCGGCCAAGAGACCCGUAACGAAUGCCCCUGCUAUGCCAAAUUGGUUGACUCAAAGACUGGCAAGCUCAAGUGCCCAUAAUCGAUCGAUCAUAAUGCAUUCAUCUACGUGCCAGACUGCUACCUGAAUCGAAUAUGCUCUCUCUUGUUUUA